CACACCGUUCAUUUCAAACUGAAUGGCAGCUUCGGAAUUUGGCAAACGAAUAGGGAGAGCGGUAAGAGAAAGAAUCGAAAGGAGGAAAAGCAGCGUGCUCCGUGAAGCUCUAUGGCACGACCCUUUCAUGGCCGCUUCUACUCGCGCCAUCGCAGAAAGGAUCCCUUUGGUUGAUCUCAUCGUCCAUGUCACAGAUGCAAGGAUUCCUUUGUCCUCUCAAUGUCACUUGCUCAGAAACUAUCCAAAUUCCUCAAACUAUAUUGUAGCGCUUAACAAAGCUGAUCUUGCUUCUCGUUCCGCUUUACAGGUAUGGAUGGAUUAUUUUAGGGAAAUUAACUGCAUAUCUUGUGGAGUCAAUGCUCAUAACAAGGACAGCAUCAAACAGUUCCUAAGCCUUAUACAACGCCAGGUGGGAAAACUGAAGAGAACUACUGAUCAUGCUAAUAAGUAUACUGCAACAGUAAUGUUAAUCGGGAUUCCAAAUGUCGGUAAAUCGGCACUUGCUAAUGCCUUGCAUCAAGUGGGGAGAAUUAGUGCAGCAGAAAAAGGAAAGUUAAAGCAUGCAACUGUGAGUCCAGAGCCAGGGGAGACUAAAGACAUAAGAAGUUAUAAGAUUGCUAGCCAUCCCAAUAUUUAUGUGUUAGACACUCCAGCUGUUUUAUCUCCCGAGGUUCCUGAUGUUGAUGUUCUAUCUAAAUUACUCUUAACAGGAGCAAUUGGGGACUGUUUGGUUGAGAGAAAAGAAACUGCUCAAUAUUUUCUAGCUAUUCAUAACUCCAGUGAUCAGUACAAGAAAUGGGCGAGGUUAUCAAACAAGGAUAAUGACUUCCUUAACAGCAAAACAGAAUGCUCGCCUACCUCAGGGUUGCAAAUGAAACAGAAAAACCAAAUCCCUACAGAUCACACACAGGACGACGUAGUGCAGGAUGUUCGAAGAACACUCUAUGAAACAGUAUCAUCUUUUGAAGGCAAUAUAAAAUGUGAAGUUGAAAUGGAAGCACUUAUUGCUAGACAAUUUACUGCCUUGCAGGAAGUUUUCCAUGUUUCAACUAAAUGUGAAGAAGAUAUCCAUGUUAUGGUUGCUGGGAAAUUGCUUAAUCUUUUCCGUACGGGGCGUCUUGGACAUUAUAUUUUUGAUAACCUUCCCAGAAAUACUCACUGAUCAUUGUCAGGCCAAUGCUGUGUGUUAGCCUCUAAAUGUAGCUGCUCAACUCAGUUGGCCAUAUCUUUUUACAAAGUAAAAAGCCCUUAGAUACCUUUCUCCAAACCUAUUAAUAUUUUACUUAAAUUAAUCUGUCAUUAGAUUAUUAACUGAUUUUUCAUAAUUUAACUUUAUUUUAGUAGACUCAUUUAAAAAUUUCAUAACCAACUCCUUAAAGAUCAAGUGUGUUUGAAAAACAUCUGGAAUUGUGAUGGCAGCGCAUGGUUAACAUGAAGCUUCUCUUUGCAAAGUGAAGAAUGUUUCGAAUCAGAACGAAUUUUAUGAAAUUGUUGCCACUAAUUCUGUUGAAGUUUCAAUUUUUGUCAAAAUUAUAAUAACUUGUUCUUGAUGUAUUUUUGUCAAAAUUGUGGUCAAUAUUCAAACAUACACUUAGAUCCCGUACAUACCUUAAUUUUGUAAAUUGUUUCCCAUUCUUUGGUAUUUUUUUUUUGGAUAGUAUAGUUGGCGUGAAAGUUUCCUUUAAAAGAUAUCCCAAUUUCAUGUUGAGUAAAUGAUUCAGACUGAGAAAUGAAGUUUCACUUAAUUGAAUUUUAAAAGAGAACUGAAUUUGAAUUCCUCAAUCAAGUUUCAAGUAAUUGAAUUUCAAAACAGAAAACUGAAUUUGAAUUCCUCAAUCAGAUGUUCCAAAAAUAGAUGUAAAGUAUUGCCAGUGGAAGCGAAAUUUGGUACCAACACUAACACAGAUCCGGACUACGAUUGACAUGUCCACACCAAUAAUAAUCAAAACUAUAAUGAUAAAUUUUUCCCUUAAAGGGGAAAUACACCAAUAAUAAUUCAAAACUAUAACGAUAA